AUGUUACAGAUCUACAUAGGAAGUCCUAUUGUCUGUUGGACCCCUGCCGAGUUUAGAGGAGGCUGGAUCGAGUAUACUAGAGACUAUUGCCUUAUUGAAAAUACGUAUUACGUACCAUUGAAUGAUCCAGAACUUCCACAUGUCCCAUAUAGAGAACAAAAGGAGCUACCGUACUACCAGUGGGUACAAUUUGUGCUUGUAUUGCUUGCAUUUUGCUUCUAUCUUCCUCAUAUUUACUGGAGAUCGGUAAAUUGGUGGUCAGGAAUCCAGCUAAGAGCCAUAGUUCGAGAAUCGUGCGAACUUCCACAAGACGAUGUUAGCAAGCGAGAACAAGCAAUUGACAAGAUUGCUGGUCAUAUCUAUCGUACUACUCAUCGGAAGUACAAAGAUGAAGGCAGUGCUUUCCACAAUAUGGUGCGAACUGGAUGGAUGUCUAGCAAUUACCUCUUCAUGAAAUUCCUGUUUGUUCUCAAUAUCGUUUUCCAAAUCCUUAUUCUUCACAUGUUCCUGGGAUUCCAUUGGGGAGAUCUUUUUCAGCUCAAACUUGGUUUCAAUACUGAUUGGAAAGCUACGGGGUUGUUCCCUAGGUCAACAAUGUGCGAUUUUGAGGUCCGAACAAAAGGAAAUUUGCAAAGGUACUCUGUACAGUGCGUUUUAUCUCUCAAUAUGUUCAAUGAGAAAAUCUUCUUGGUCCUUUUCUACUGGCUCAUUAUUCUAUUUUUCUUGACACUGGUAAAUUUCUGCUUAUGGGUAAAGAAGUUGCUCUCACGUGAAGAUCAACUAGCUUUUGUUCGACGAAUGCUAGAAAGUGCUGGAAUCCAGAGGAGAAAAAUCCAUGUAAAGCUUGAAUUUCUAGUAUAUGAGUCGUUAUUGUUAGCGAAACAAGCCUCAAAAAAAAAUACAAUACACGCAUGGAAAACCACCUUAGCAAACCUUUAUGAAGGAAGAUUGAAGAGGGUUAGCACAAUAUCGGAGAAUCAUUCCUGCAAUCACCUACGGGGUUGUAUUGCUGCCCUCGAUAAAUUCGAAAACCUGCAGAUUAGUGGCAUGUGCAACCAUUGCUAUUCUCAUGCAAAGUUCACCUACAGGGCUAGGAUAUAUGUGUGCCAAGUCAAACUCCGAGGUAUACCCGAUCCCGAAACGGGUAUGGUGUAUGACUUAGCCGAAUUGAAGCAGGAUAUGAAAACGAUUCUUGAUACGGUAGAUCAUAAAAAUCUCGACAAAGAUGUGGAAUUUUUCCAGCACAACGUCAGCACAUCGGAAAACGUGGCGAUCUAUCUAUGGGAGAAGUUACGAGUGCAAAUGAAGAAACCGAAAUUGUUGUAUAAAGUGACAAUUAUUACUUACGAUAAAAGUCUUAUGCUUCUUCCUCAUUAG